AUGCGCGCGCGCGGCGCCCUCGUGCUGUGCCUCCUCGACGCCGCCGCCGCCGAGCCGGCGUCGCUCUUCAGCGAGCCCAUGAGCGCCCACUUCGACUACGCCGCCGCCUGGCGCGGCGCGGCGGCGCGGGGGUCGCCGCCGCGGGCCGGCGGCGGCGCCGGCGCGACGAACGAGCAGCGGUCGAGCGGCGCGGGCAUCCCGGACCUGCUCGUGGGCGGCGCGCUGCGCGCGACGGGCGUCGCCACCCGCCGAGCGUCGAAGGCGCUCCGGCGCGCGUCCAAGGCCCUGGAGGCGUCGUCGUCCAAGUUCGAGAGCGCCGGGGACCUCGUCAAGACCCUUGGCGGCCGCGCGCCGACGCGGCGGCCCGCCGCGCGGCCCGCGCCGCGGCCCGCGCCCGCGGCGCCCGCGCCCGCGGCGGCGCCGACGCGCGCGGCGCCCCGGGCCGCGGCGCCCGCGAACGGCACGACCGCGCCGCCGCCCGCGGACCUCGUGUUCCGGGGUCUCGCCCUCGCCGGCCGGCUCGGCGCCGCCGCGGAGCGCGUGGGCCGCGCGGUCGAGCGCCGCUCGGGCGUCGCGCUCGCCGUGCUCGCCUUCGCGAUCGGACGCGCGUCGAAGCCGCGCGACGCCAAGCCCGCGUCGCGGAUCAUGGCCGUCCUGCGCUAUCUGGUCGUCGCCGCCGCGCUCUACGCCGCCGCCGCGCCGGGCGGCGGCGAUGAUGUGCCCGCGGUGGCCGACGCGCCCGCCGCACCGCCGGCGCCGGCGGACUGGCUCGCGUCGCUCCUCUUCGCGCGCCGGUCCCUCGAGACCAUCUGGGCCGCGGGCCUGCGGCGCCACGUCAGCGAGCGCGCGCGGGGGGUGCUGCUGGAGACCAUGGCCUACUACGACGGGUCCUUCGAGGUGCUGGAGGCGUCCGUCGACUUCGGCGCGGGCCUGCCGCCCUUACACCGCGUCGAGACGCGCGAGCCGACGCCGGCGCUCGUCGACGCUUUACGGCCCGGCGCCAAGAUGUUGGCCUACGCCGUCGAGGUGGGCGACUGGGCCCUGGAGGCGCCCGGCGGCUUCGCGUCGCUCGACCUCGAAUUACAAGGCCGCUUCGCGAAGUACGCCGUCCCCCGGUUGGGCGUGACCUUCGAGAGCGCGACGAUCGCCGCGUCGACGCUCGUCGUCGCCGUCGAGGUCACGGACGCCUACCCGUUCCUCGGGACGGCGGCCUUUGGCUUCGACGGCGCGGCGGGCCGGCCUCGGUUGGACGCGACGUCGUUCGUCGGAGCGGAGGCGGCGCGCGCGGACUUUGAGUUCGCGCCCUUCGGGUCCAUGGUCGCCGACGAGAUCCACCGGUCCCUGCCCGUGGCGCAGCGCGACGUCUGGACCUUCGACCUCGGCGCCUGGCUCGUCACCUGCGACGGCGGCGGCCAAUCGAACGCGACGCGGCGCGAAGCGCCGGAGCCCGCGCCGAUACCCGAGGAGCCCGUUUCUCGAAAAACGCCGCCGCCGACGCGCGUCGUCGACCGCGUGCGCGAGCUCGACGCGCUCUGCGACGACGGCGCGCCGCGGCGCGGGCCGUUGCGCAAGCUCAACGCGUUCGUCCGCUGCCGCCUGCCGCGGCCGACGUUGCCGGACGACGCGCCGCCCGCCGCGCCGCCCGCGGACGUCUCCGCGGACCGCGAGCCGACGGCGCGCGAGCUGCUGGCGGCCGCGCGGAGCGUCCAGCGCGAGCGCGACUCCAUCCUCGCCGACGCCGAGGCCAAGCGCAACGCCGCGGAGGCGUUCCGCGCGCAGCUCGCGCGCGAGCUCGCGUCGCUCGGCAACACGCUCCGGCCGAGGACCGUGACGCCGCGGCCGAGCGCCCAGGGCGCCAAGGUCGACCCGCUGCGGGACUACCCCCACCACCUCCCGCCCGCGGCCGCGCCGUCCGACGGCGGCCUCACGGCGAAGGAGCGGCGCAAGCUCAAGCGCGCCGCCGAGCGCGGCGAGGCGGCGCCGGCGCCGACAAAGACGACGUCGGCCUUCGACGCCGCGGCCGCCGGCGGCACGUCCAAGGAGCGGCGCGCGGCGAAGCGCGCCGCGGCGCGCGGCGAGGCCGGCGGCGGCGCGAAGAGUUCCAAGAAGCGGCCGCGCGAGCCGUCGUCCGCGCCGCUCGUCGCCUUCGUGGGCCAGCUCGGCUUCUCCGUGACCGCCGAGCGCCUCAAGGCGUUCUUCACGUCCCAGGACGUGCCCGGGACCCUCAAGGUGCGGCUCCUCACGGACGCGAAGACGGGCAAAUCUCGGGGCAUGGCGUUCGUGCAGUGCGAGACGGCCGAGGCGCUCUACGCGUGCGUCGCGCUCCACCACGCGCAGAUCGACGGCCGGCGCAUCAACGUGGAGCGCAGCGCCGGCGGCGGCCGCGAGGCCAAGAAGGGCAAGCUCGCGGAGCACCGGGCGCACCAGUCCAAAAAGGUCGAGGAGACCGUCGACCGCGUGCUCGAGGAGUUCGUCGCGUCGGGCCAGCUCCGGCGCGACGAGGUCGACGACGGCGUGCGCCGCCUGCUCCAGCGGCGCAGCGGCCGCGUCGCCCACGCGGCGCUGACGGAGUACGCGUCGCUCGAGGAGAACCCCUUCGAGAAGUACUCCCACGAGCCCCGCGAGGCGGAGAUCGUCGUCCCGAAGCCCUUCCGGGGCGACGAGCCCGACGAGCCCGCGGCGUGCCCCGGCGACGACGCGGACGCGCCGCCGACGACGGCGAAGGAGCGGCGCGCGGCCAAGCGCGCGGCGCUCCAGGCGCCCGCGCCCGAGCUGCUGUCGCUCAACCGCGACGACGCGCGCGCCGACGACGCCCAGCUCACGGCGAAGGAGCGUCGCGCGGCGAAGCGCGCGGGCAUGGCGCGCAAGGAGGCGCCGGCGGCCGAGGCGCCGGCGGCCGAGGCGCCGGCGGCCGAGGCGCCGGCGGCCGAGGAGGCGGCGGCGGCGGACGAACCGCAGCUCACGGCCAAGGAGCGGCGCGCGCUGAAGCGCGCGGGCAUGGCGCGCAAGGAGGAGCCGCCGGCGCCCGAGGCGCCCCCGGCGCCCGAGGCGCCCCCGGCGCCCGCGCGGCGCCCCCCGGCGGCGACGUGCGGCGAGGCGAACCGGACGCGCUGCGACAACGGGACCGCGGUGGGCCACCGCCUCAAGCUCGCCGCCCUCGGGCGGCGCGCGGGCGUCGACGUCAUCCUCGUCGUGCCGCGCCGCGACCUUCAGCGCGAGCCCAUCGACGCGGGCGUCGCGCGGCGUCUCGCGGAGGGCGGCGUCAAGGUGCGCCACGCGGACUGGGUCGCGCCGCCGCAGCUCAGCCCCGGCGUCCCCCUGGAGAGCGGCGGCUGCUGCGGCGCCCGCGAGUUCAUGAAGCUCCACGCGUUCGGCUUCGCCGACUACGACGCCGUCGCCGUCGUCGACAACGACUUCGACGUCGACGACGUCGAGCGCCUGCGGCCCAUCUUCGACUGCGCGGCGGCGGGCCACGUGAUCACGACGCGGGGCGCCCACAGCGCCAUGAACGGCGCCUUCGCCGCCGUCGACCGGGAGACGGGCUGGAACGGCGCGGGCUGGGGCCCCUUCCACCGCAAGCGCGCGCGCCGCGUCCGCGCGGCCGCGCGCGGCUUCAUCUACUGGUUCUUCUACCAGAACUUCGACGACCCGCGCUGGAAGCCCGUCCAGGUCGACCCCUGCGUCUGGAACGUCCAGGCCUUCCUCGCGCAGAUGUGCAAAGCCGAGAUCUGCGCCUCCGCCUCCGUCGCCGCCGGCCACAUCGGCCUCAUGGACCAGACGCGCCGCGCUUUGGACUGCGCCAAGGGGGGAGGCGGGUAG